AAAAUUCUUAAAGUGUUAACACGUUGUCCGUAAUUCCGCUUUAUUUACCUCAAAAUCAACGGAUUGCUUCGGUUCAACGACGGUACCGUGUGUACGAACGUUCAACAAGCCUACUGUGAAAAUUUUGUUCGAUUCCGAGCACCAGAACCCGGUGAAAACCGCGGAUGAAUCGGGGAAUAUUUUAACAUACAAUUUAUAUCUCUGUAUGUAGGCGAUGCGACGUUGCCGGUUGGUACGCGAAGCCACGUUGCCGGUUUCCGUUCGGGCUUUAACGCAAUGUACGCUGGAAUGACGACCGUCUGUGACAGUUGAAUGCACAGCAGAGAUUGACAGCGUGAAAAGAGAUGCGUCAAACAAUGGCGAACUGCAGUAGAAAUCGUAUCCUCGUGAAGGAUCUGAACUCUGUGAUAACCUGCAGACUGUGUGACGGUUAUCUGAUCGACGCGACAACCCUGGUCGACUGCUUCCAUGUUUUUUGUCGCGCAUGUAUUCUUCGGCAUUUCGAGAACAACAAGACUGCAUGUCCUAUACCCAUGUGCAAUACAUCGUACAAAAAGAAGUCACAACCAUGCUUCAGGCCAGACCCCCAAAUCCAGUCCCUAGUGUACAAAUUGGUGCCCUCUCUGUACGCACGUGAGCUCCAAAGGCGAGAAGACUUCUACAGGAGCACCGGGGUUCGAGCCAGUAGCUCUUGCAGCGACGAUAGCGUUAUCGAGAGGGAGAGACAAGAUCUGAUCAACGACCAUGAAGAAAUGAUCUCAAACUAUGUGGGCGACAAGACCCAGUUCUUCAGCCCGGAGGAUUCGAUCUCAUUAUCCUUGGAGUACUACCAGGUGCAUUUGGAUACAGCUGACGUGAAAGACAAAAAAGGACGCGAGUGCUCGGUGGCCAGUCACAGUGAUCAACAAAAACAAUCUGCGACCGCGAAUUCAGAUUGUACGGACGGUGACAGUGUUAACAAAAAACUGACCGACAGUGAUAGUGUCCAAAAUCAAGAUUGUGAUAAGAGGUAUCUGCAGUGUCCCGCCGCUGUCUCGAUGAAACAUCUCCAGAAGUUUAUCAGGAUGAAGUUCGGCCUUACCGUCGAUCACAAAGUGGACAUCAUAUACGAAGGCGAAGUACUACCUCAAGAUUUUAGUUUGAUGGAUGUUGCCUACACUUUCAAAUGGAAAAGACUGAAACCAAUGCGUUUCUUCUACCGGAUCUUCUUCCCUAUGAAAAUACGUCCGAUCAAAAUCGUCAACACUACCUUAUCUACUGGAGGAAAACAGUUGCAAAUUGUUCCUGUCAAACCAAACAUGGAAUCGCCCAGAACCCCUAAGCCCGUGGAGAAGAAAGAAACCAAGGAAGAAACUCCAAUCUACGAACAGACGCAAGAUCAAAAGAACGAUAAGGAGUUGCUUUUUGCGCACUUGCAACUCCAAAGUAAGGUUCAGUUUGAUAAGAAAGUACCUGAGAAGCCGGCUGCGAAUAAAGAUACUUGCGUUUUUGAGUACGAGGAGCCCGAUUUAGAAGAGAUCAAAAAGUUUGCUGAGAAACGUGAUCGAGAAUGGGCGAUGCAGAAAAAAUUAGAUGAAAAGAAGAAAGAAGUUGAUGAGGAAUACCCCACCCAUCACUCGAGUAAGAAGAGAAAAAAGAGCAAACACUCAAAAAAUGAAUUCAACGUUCACAAAAAACGGAAACUACACGCGGAAAUAGCGUCUAAUGAGGAAGAGUUAAAGUUGAAAGUGAAGAUCACCAAUAAUGGUUAUAAACAUAAACACCACAAAAGCUCUGGGCAAAGCGAGAGGUCCCAGCAACCUGCAUCCGGCGAGAUGAGCUCGAAAGAAAAGCUACUGCAAAUGCGACAAGUCAGACAUAAGCAUUUAUCUAUCGAAGACAAGAAUUUCCAAACUGUACCUUCGAUCAAAAUCACUAAGGCUGUUUCGACUGGUACUGACAAAAUCAAAACUACGGUUACUGGCAGAAUGCCUAGUCCCGAAAAGCCUAGGGUACCCGAAAAAGUACAAAUCAAACCUACCGAAGAGAUCAAAAAACUCAAAAUUAAAGUCGCAGAACCGACGAGCAAAGUGUCUGAAUCUGCGGCGAUGCCAAAACAACAAACUGAGCAUACCAAUACCAGUCCGAAAGUUGGUACUUUCCUAGAAGGCAAUAGCUCCAAACUUUCUGGGGAAGAAUGGGGGAAGAAACCUACGGUCAAGUUAGAAAGAAAUGAUGCGACUGAUAAAGAGGCCCAGAAGACAUUUCUUAAGACAUUUCAUGCUUACGCCGAAAAGUACCAAAAAAUCGAAAAACAAAAGGUCGAAAAGCCCAAAACAAUCAAUAGCACGCUGAACAAACUCCAACAAUUUAAGACUGAAAAUAAGAUAAAUACAUCGGACAAGAGUUUCGAGAGGAAGAUUGUCAAUUUGCAACAGCAAUGCAUUAUAGAGCCUAAAGUGGAGAAGAAAGUAAGUUUCGUCAACGAAAAACGGAAUAUUAUAACAACGCACUAUCCACCUGGUUUCACGGUCAGCAAGGUUGAACAAGGAAUUAAAAGAAAAGGGGGCGAUCCUGAUAGUUUGCAUGACAAGAGGCCUAGCUUGGAGAUAACUUUGAUCAACCCUCCUUCCUCGAGUAAUUCAUCGAAACCCCACUCCGAUAAACCUGUUGCUAAAAGACCACCUCCAGAUACUAUACCUUUAGAAAGGAUAAAGAAGUCUUCGAUCAACUUAAAAUCUGGAAUAAGCAUCAUUCCAAAACGACCAGAUAUGUGCGACAAUAACGGAGCUCUGGAUCUUUCUAAGAGUAAGACUCCUGAAACCUCACAAAAGGUGUCUGCAAAGUUGGAAUAUUCAGUGCCAAACGGAAUCAGCAUAACUCCUAAUCCUUCUAAACAGAUGAGUCCAUUGCCAAAAUCUUCUGCAAAUCCCGAGAAAAAUAUGGCUCUUUCUAACCUACAAAUGCUGUCUAAAGUUGCGACAGAGCAUUCAACUUUGACCAAAAGCUCGUCUCCGAUUAUAAACACAAUCGUAAACAAACCAAGACCUCAAAUACCAAAUUUACAGACUCUGAAACAUACAUCGUCACAGAUGAAACCGGCUACGUUACAGAAACUACCUAAGUUGAACGAGAUACAGAAGUUCCGACCUACUAAUCCACAAAUACGUAAUGUGAGGCCAAAUCAAAAUCAGAAUAUCAGAAAUAUUCCUAAUCCUAGUCUGUUGAUCAGAUUGCAGAAUCAAAGGAUGCAUUCUCAAAUGAACAAUACCGUAAGUCAAGAAUCAUCUACGACCAAAUCAGUGUCUAGUUCUACACCAUGUUCAACAUCUGUCUCGACUACCGUGUCUCAAAAAGAUACUAUAACGACUAGUGCGAUUAACAGCAAGAUUCUUGAGAUGAAAGAGAUAUCCGUUUAAAUCGACAUAUUGGCGACGUACUCAAAA